AUGGCUUCUCCUCUAAUAGUCUCCGGCGACAUGUACAUCGGUGUGCCUGUCAGGGCCUGCGUCUUGCGGCCAGAAUGGAGAAUUGAGUUCAAAGUAGCCGUGCCCGAGUUGUUGUUGCUGCUAUUACCGCUGUUUGUAGCGGUGACUGGCCAACGAGCCACCGCUGCAGUACUCCAUGAAUAUGUAGACCCUGUCUCUGUGGACCUCGACUCCAAAGAAUUGCACAAUGUUUGGAUGAGACAGCAUCUCCAGCACCGUCAUCUCGCCCUUGAUGGCAGGCACGAUCGACUUGAUGCUCUGUCUGUCCUGGAACCGGAUCUCCUUCACGGCCAGCGCUCCACCAGUAUCCAGAUUGAUGGAGGCGUAAACAGAACCAAACGUUCCACCACCCAGGAACUUUCCUUUCUGCCAUCUGAUCGACACAGACGAGAAGGACGACGCUAG